AUGCAUCAGAGCAUCUGGAGUGCGCCGCAGGUGGGUGGUUCUGGUGGCGCUUUGAAGGCUUUGGCCAGGAAUGUGGCCAAUCAUCUGAAGCUGAACCGCUGCAAUAUGAAGCGAGUGGUGGCCCAGGUGGUCGCCGAGCACCAUACCCUCGGGGAGGUGGCCGACUACAAGGGUCACAUGUACUUCGCCAAGCCGGAUCGCUUGAAUUUUCAUGAGCUGAUUGCCCAGUCCAAGGAGGCCUUCGAUGAUCUAUUGCUCCACGAACCGCGAUCCCUGAAAAAGCAAGCAAUCAAACAGCGUUCAAAGUAUCCGGCCAAUCCCAACGUUAAACUGCAGAUGAAAGUGUCACCACCGCAAUUGGCAAUGCCACCCAAGAAACAAUCAAUUAUCAAAAAGGCCAGUCUGCCGGUCAAAAAGCAAUCGAGACCAAAAAUACGCAGUCGCAAGAAGAGCUCCACCACCAUUUUUCAGCUGGCGGAUGCAGGUCGUCGCAGUUUGAACGGCGUCAUCAUCGACGAAACCCAUUUGCCCCAGGAUGGUGAGCAACGGGAGAUCCUGUUGCAUGUGCCACCCUCGCUAGUCAAGCGAUCACGAAAGCGUCUACGUUCUAUUCAGAUUAAGGAUACAGCGGAGAAAUGCCCACCGCAGAAAGCGGCAAAGGAAACCGAUCUGCAGAAGACAGAACCACCAAAGGAUGGCGGCAAAAUCAACGAGGAAAAGGUUCCUCCAGUACCAAAGCGUCAGCCGGAGAAGAAACGUUGCCAGGAGCAGAAACAGAAGCCGCGGCCAGUGAAGAAAGUGCAGGAAAACCAACAGAAAGAGCUCUUCCGCUCACCUUCUCGCCUCCGAGCGGGGUCACCUUCUCACCAACGAUCGGGGUCACCUUCUCACCAACGAGCGGGGUCACCUUCUCGCCUCCGAGCGGGGUCACCUUCUCACCAACGGUCGGGGUCACCUUCUCACCAACGAGCGGGGUCACCUUCUCGCCUCCGAACGGGGUCACCAUCUCACCAACGGUCGGGGUCACCAUCUCACCACCGAUCGGGGUCACCUUCGGCGCCACAAACCCGACGGUCUCCCUCGCCAGUUCGCUCGCCAAAAGUGUCGCCUGUGCAGAAAACGAUGCAAACACUACGCACGAAAAAAUCCCACAAGACCAUAAAUGUGAAGAGUCAAGUCUGGAAUCAACGCAUAAAGGCGGGAGCCACAAAAGUUGCAACUGCCAAGCCAGCAGCGGAAAAGGCGGAAAAAGUGGAGAAAAACAAAUCCAGAUCGAAGCUAAGAACACUACGGAAAAAUCCGCAAAGAAGCUAUGAAAAACCGUGGAUAGUUAAGCGCUCGAAAAAGGCACGUUUGCUGGGUGGAUCGCAAUUGAAACUAAAGAAAACGCCACAGCGCUCGAACAAUAACGAUGCAAAAAAAAAGGAAAAGCCAGCUAUCGAAGGAAAAGUCGAGCAAUCAGCAGCAAGGAGCAACAAGGUGCAGACAGUGCGUAACUCUGGCCAGCUGAAAGCCAAGAGAUCAACGCAUGUGGGUCGCCAAAUGCGAAAGGUCAACUUCCCAUGGUAUACGCCCUAUCAAUUUCAAGGUGCCGCCGGUGCAACGCAAAUACCAAAUGCCGGAGUCGGCAUACCGCCGUGUCAAUUGCUAAAGGAAAAGAGUCGCAAGCUGAUACAAAGACUGGCUGUUAACCAGCCAGUUUCGCCAAUGAAACGUCCCAAUUUGACCACUCGCCAGAGGCACAAUCUCCGGAUGCAGGAGCGUUUGAUCAGAGAUUUGCAGCGGGAGGAGGCCAUCGAUGAUCCACUGAGCAAUGGAUCGGGCGUGUUUCGUCGAUCCCGCGGUGGAUGGCAGAGGACUCAGCAAAGCAAGGAGCAAGUCAAGAAGGAGCAGGAUCAGAAGAAUCAGCAGAAUCAAAAGGAUCAGCAGAAUCAGCAGAAUCAAAAGGAUCAACAGAAUCUGAAGAAUCAAAAGGAUCAGCUGAAUCAAAAGGAUCAACAGAAUCUGAAGAAUCAAAAGGAUCAACAGAAUCUGAAGAAUCAACAGAAUCUGAAGAAUCAACAGGAUCAGCAGGAUCAUCGUUCUGUGGAGCGCGUGAGCUCGCGAAUCAAGCGUUUGCCAACGUGCAGACGCUAUCGCCAGCCCAUCGCCACCAGCGAGCGGAUCAUGAUCCCCAGCAUCCCAACGCCGCCACCGAAGCUCAAUACUAAUACUAAUAAUACUAAUGAUGAUACUACUAGUAAAGCCAAUCGAUCGAAGUCUCCAAGUCGUGGCAACGCAAUGCCACGUGUCCGUCGACGUAACCGCUCCGUGCCGGUGGACAGCAGUCUGGGUAGCAUCGCCCUAAUGGGUCAGCCGGUGCAAUCGAAGCAAACUCUAACUCCGGCCAAACGUCAUCUGACCAUUGCAUUCAUGAACAAGCGUUCCGAACGAGCCAAUGCAGCCGCCAUUCAGCCCUGGAAGUAGCACUUUAGCACGAAGCUGGAUUAACUAUUGAUUCUGUUUAUUUAUCGGAGCUAAUAAAUUAUCAAGUUGGAAUGCCAAUUGAAUGGCGUGGUUCCCAUGUUGAAUAUGCUUUAUAAA